AUGGCUUGCAAAAGACCCUUGGGGCCCGGCCCGGGUGCGUAUAAGCUACCGACAACCGUGGGUUUCCCCCAACACGACCCGUCUCGCUAUCGCAACCCGAUGUUCUCGUUCGGCACCAACGCCGGCUUCCGGCUGAAGCAGCUUGGGCCCGGGCCGGCGUACAGGAUCGACAGGAUCACGAGAGAGGGGCUCAUGUCGGCGCCUGCUUGGAGCUUUGGAGCGAGGUUCCCCGCCCGCCCCACCAUGCGCACCCCGGGGCCGGGCGCGCACGCCCCGGAGCGCUGCCCGCCCACGCGCGAGCCGCGCACCCCUCAGUACUCCAUGGGCGCGAGGCUCGGUUUCGCAGUCAAGCGGCCGGGCCCCGCGCCCAACGCCUACGCGCUGCAGAUGGGCCGCGGUUCCCCCGCCUACACGAUGGGCGCCAGGGUGGGCUUCAACCCUAAAGCUAAGUCCCCGGGGCCCGCUGUUUACUUCCUGCAAGACGCUGAUGUUUACAAAACUAGGGCGCCGCGCUACACGCUGGCGGCGCGCGCGCAGGGCGCCGGCCGCGCCACUCGCACGCCGGGCCCCGCCGCCUACCCGCCCGACCUCUACAACACCAAGAAGAAUCCCUAUGCAUACUCCUUCGGUACGAAGCACGGUGACUACGCGUGCCCCAUGAUAAUCAAAGAGGACACCAUGGAUUGCUUGUGAUGGGAAUACAAUGUGAAAUUUUCACCCUAAGAGCUAAUAAUAUAGCCACCAUAUGGAAUGUCAACAGAGCUAGAUCUAGCAAUGGAAGUGAUUAAAUGUGGCAAUACUGGGUAAACCAACAAAAUAUUCUUCCAAACGAGAGGUAAAGGGUUGCAUGCAUCUGAAGAAUUAUCUAAAAUUAGAACAUAACAAUGAUAAAAUUUUAAGUAAAUUUUUUCGUCUUUGG